AUGUCAAUUUCUGCACCAGUUGUGCCUGAGCUAAGUAGUGACAUCGACACUAGCAAUUUUGAUGAUCUGGAAGAAGAUAAGGGCGAGGAAGAAACAUUUCCUGUACCAAAGGCCUUUGUUGGCAAUCAGUUACCUUUCGUAGGCUUCACAUAUUACAGAGACUAUCAGAACUCAUCUGGUACUUCUAGACCAGCCAGUGACUGUAGAGAGAAUUCCACUGUAGACAAUAGUCAAGUUGAAAAUUUAAAAAAGACUGUUUAUGAACUUGAAGAGAAAUUACAUAGUGAAAUAAAACUAAAGGAUGAAUUGGAACAAAAAUGCAGGUCAGCAAACACAAAGUUAGAAAAAAUAACAAAGGAACUGGAUGAUGAGGUUAGUGCACAAAAAUGUUUAGAGGUUAAUGUGUCUCAGCUUGAAAAGGAAAAAAUUAUGCUACAGCACAAAAUCAAUGAAUACCAAAGGAAAGUGGAGCAAGAGGCUGAAAAGAGACGGAACUUGGAAAAUGAGGUAUCUACACUAAAGGAGCAACUUGAGGACUUAAAGAAAAUGAAUCAGAAUUCUCACAUUUCAAACGAGAAAAUAGUUCAGUUACAAAAACAAUUAGAAGAAGCGAAUGCUCUGCUGCGAUCUGAAUCUGACACAGCAGCGAGGUUACGGAGGAACCAAACUGACUUAACAAAGACCAUGAGCCAAUUAGAGAUUGUAAAUAGUGAACUGCAGGAGAGAAACCGAGUUUUAGAAAAUGCCAAACUACAGCUGGAGAAGGAUAUUAUCCAGCAUCAAUCUGCUUUGGAAUCUGAAAGAAGAGUUCGCAACCAGGGCUCAGAGAUGAUCAAUGAUUUGCAAGCUCGGACCACUUCUUUACAAGAAGAACUGAAAAUGAUUAAAAUUAACCUUUCAAAAGCGGAGAUGGAGAAGAAACAGGCACACGACAAGCUUAGCAACCUGGAAAAGGAAAAGAAUAAUAUGGAAAUAGACUUGAAUUACAAAAAUAAGAUGUUACAACAGCAGCUAGAUCAAGAAAUUACAGAGCACAAAGUAACUAAAGCACGAUUGUUAGAUGAGUAUGAGUCCAUAGAAGAAGCAAGAUCGGUGGCCAUGAACGAAAUGGAUAACAAGCUGAGAGAGGAGAGAAUGUCCAGACAGAGAGCAGAAAAUUAUGCGAUGGAAGUGGAGAAAAAGCUUUCUAUGUCGGAAGUUGACUUAAAGCAGUUCCAACAAAAAGUGGAGCAGCUCAGUAAGCAAAAAGAGAGAUUGGAAGAUGAGGUGAAGAAUCUGGCACUACAGCUGGAUCAAGAGAUGAAUAAACAAGAAAUGACAAAGAGUGAACUGAAGGCCCAGUCGUUGGAAGCAGACAAUCUGAAAGGCUCAGAGAAGCAGUUGAAACAAGAGAUCAAUUCAUUGUUGGAGUCCAAGCGGUCGCUCGAAUUCCAGCUGGCACAGCUCUCAAAGCAAUAUCGAGGAAAUGAGGGUCAAAUGCGGGAACUCCAGGACCAGCUUGAGGCAGAGCAGUAUUUUUCUACUUUGUAUAAGACUCAGGUUAAGGAGCUGAAAGAAGAAAAUGAAGAGAAAAACAGAAUAAAUAGUGAACUACAAAAGAGGAUGCAAGAGCUCAUCAGUGAAAGGGAUUCAUUAUCUUCACAAAUGGAUCUAACUAUAACUAAAGCAGAUUCUGAGCAGCUUGCUCGAGCUAUUGCAGAGGAUCAAUGUAAUGAACUUGAUCAGGAAUUGAAGAAAGCAACAGCACGACAUAAACAGGAGCAGAAUGAGAAAGACAACACCAUUAUCUUACUAGAGGAAUCAAAUAGAACCUUGACCAAAGAUGUAGAAAACCUAUCAAAGGAGAAAGCAGAACUCGAUGAAAAACUGAGGACUAUGGGAGAAGAGUCACAGAAGAGGAGGGAGGAAGACCUAAAUAACAUGAAAACCCAUUAUGAAAAGAUAAUUGGCCAAGAACGUACACUGAAAACACAAGCUGUUAAUAAACUUGCUGAGAUUAUGAACCGAAAAGAUAUAAAAGUGGACCGAAAGAAAGCAAAUACAGCAGAUGUCCGGAAAAAAGAAAAGGAAAACAAAAAAUUGCAACUGGAAUUGAACCAAGAGAGAGAGAAAUACAGUCAUAUGGUUGUGAAGUAUCAGAAGGACCUAAAUGAAAUGCAGGCACAAUUAGCGGAGGAAUCUAACCUUCGUACAGAGCUUCAAAUGCAACUUGAUAGUAAGGACAGUGAUCUUGAGCAACUUCGUUCUAAGCUUCAAGAUCUCCAACUUCGUAUGGAUAGCACAAGUGUAUCCAGUUUACAGACUGAGGAUUUGGAUGGAAAUGUAACUGAAACCAGGAUGGAGGGCUGGUUAUCGAUACCAAACAGGGCAAACAUCAAAAGAUAUGGAUGGAAAAAACAGUAUGUCGUGGUCAGCAGCAGAAAAAUACUAUUUUACAAUGAUGAAUUGAAUAAAGAGCAAUCAAAUCCAUCCAUGGUACUGGAUAUAGACAAAUUAUUCCAUGUUCGUCCUGUAACACAAGGUGAUGUAUACAGGGCAGAAACUGGUGAAAUUCCUCGAAUAUUCCAGAUAUUAUAUGCCAAUGAGGGUGAAUGUCGGAAAGAUGUAGAAGUAGAAGCUGUGCAGUCAGUUGAAAAACCUGACUUUAUAUCUCAUAAAGGUCAUGAAUUCAUUCCUACACUCUACCAUUUUCCUACUAAUUGUGAAGCUUGUGCAAAGCCUCUAUGGCAUGUCUUCAAACCACCAGCUGCACUGGAAUGCAGGCGAUGCCAUGUUAAGUGCCAUAAGGAUCAUUUGGAUAAAAAGGAAGAUGUGAUUGUGCCAUGCAAAGUGAAUUAUGACGUUAGCACAGCCAGGGAAAUAUUGCUACUGGCAUGCUCUCAGGACGAACAGAAAAGAUGGAUUGGACAUUUAGUGAAGAAGAUUCCUAAGAAUCCACCAGCCUCCACCUUUGUGCGUGCUUCUCCUAGGACUUCUUCCACAAGAUCAGCAGCAAACCAAUCUUUUCGCAAACCUGCCAAACAUGUUGUCCCAAUCAAGCCCAGCUAACCUCCAGUGGAAUAGGGUCAAAGAUUCUUUACGAAACCAGUUUUUUGAAGGUCACAAAGUAGUGCAAAACGGAUUUGAUUCCUUCCAAUGCAAACAUUACAAAUGUCAGGGUUGCAAUUUUUGUUUAACCCUUGCCUCCAUUCCCCAGUUCCCCAAUCCUGCUGUGAUCUAAGUAUGGAGAAGACUAUUCACUGUGUUACCCACAUUACCAUAGUUUUUCUUUUAACAAUUGCAAUGGAUAAAGCAUAGCUAUAAAUAAGAUGCUUUUUUUUUUCCUGUAAAACACCAAGAUAGAUCAUUGUGAAAUUGCUCACUGAGCUUUCAUUAUUGUAUCAUUUAAAUAAGUAAGGGAUAGGGCAGUUGCACUUGCGGGAAUAACUUUAUGCUAAUUUGGAGGGAAGGUGUGGAAUCAAAGUACUGAAAAUACAAGAAGGGGACAAGAUGGAACUACUUUGAAGAUGGUCUAAAAUGCUUGAGAAGAUCAAUGAUGUCUUGAAUCUGUCACGCCUUCAGUUUAGAUCUAUUGAGAGAUCUCAGGCCUAAAAUCUUUUGCAUUUAAGAUGGCAAAGUUUGGUGAACUUAUAUAAGUAUUUAGAAAUUUUACUGUUCCAAAUGCUUCAAAUGAAAAUGUGUGGAACUGAGAAAAAUGAACAAUGUUUCACUCUUGAUCUAGGCAUUUUUGCUAAGCCAUAGUGGUUCAUGAUUGAUGAACAGCUAGAAAUAACAGAAGCAUGAGGAAAGUAACAACAACUCAGAGCAAUCAGGAUUGUGACUAUACUGGGGUACACACAUUUUGUAAUUUUAUAAAUAUAUUGCCUUAUAAUUGCAAAUAGAUUCUUAUCAGAUGGUGGACAACAUUAACUUAACAGAUAAAUUGUGCACUGUUUUAAAACAUAAAUUAUUCUGCUGAAGACACUUUAACAGGAAUAAUGUCCUGUUAGUGCCUUGAUUUUGAAGAACUUUUACUGCCAUAUACUUAAUGCAUCAUAAUUUCAAAUAACUGCAUCUACGUAAACAUUUUCCUUUGGAUUGUGAAAUGUAUUUUAAAGAUUUUAUUUUGGAUAUAAUUUUGAAUGGAAUGUGAUGGUGAAUAAACUGCCUGUAAAGAGUGGGAAUUAUUCAUAGGAAAAUAUGCAGGAAACUUGAACUGUAGAAGGCAUUAAUUAAGAUUUGUUUCUGUGAAUUAUUUCAGGAGUCACUCCCGUAAUAUAGGAAUUGUUGUAUUUGCUGUUUUAUUUCUUGCCAGUCGACAGGAACACAUUCAAGAUAUGGUUUACUUCACCCAGUACCUCCCAAAAUAAUUUAUAAUAGCUUUGCAGUUACAUGUAUUAAAGCACUGGAAAUUGGAUCUCUGUUUUAGGAUGACGCAUGUUUUAAAUGAUACUGAAUGUCGCACUGAUGGGUAUGUACCAAUAAACAUAUCUUAACUACA